GCACACACAACACAUACCCUCCAGAAGGCUGCAGCGCGAGCGCUCGUUGUCAGUCAGCUUGACUCCUGACAGGAUCCCGGUUUGGGUGUGAAACAAACUUAUUGUUUUUCUUUUUUCGAGGAAAAAAGUUAUCAAAAAGAAAAAGAAACGGAGAACCAAACUUCUGGACCAUUAUGUGUGAUACGUCUUUUGGGACGAGAUGAUCGAUUUUUAACGUUUUUUUCCCAUUAAAACUCGAUGGACUUUAGCCACUUUAGCUACCAUCAAUUUUUGUAACUUAUUAUUAUUAUUAUUUUUUAUUUUUCGCUUUUUUUUAAACGAUGGACUUUUUAUCUAAAGUUUUAAACCUUUCUACUUUUGUCAGCGUCGUCCAGGUCCUUGGAGACCAGGCUGUACCGUCCAAGCAUCCAGGCCUGGAUGUUCUGGCUACAGCGUCACACUACUGGCCCCUGGACGACGUAGACGGGAUACACAGCCUUAGGGACCAGAUUGGGAACAGAACAGGUCAUAUUAAUGGGACUGAUAUAACACUCAGAAUCCACAACCACACUGUCCUGCCUACCCAUAACUCUUCCUCUGUGUACACCAAUGACUCCGCCUACACUAAUAUUUCCGUCUCUGUAGACAUCGUAGAAGGAGUGGUGAACAAAGGCAUCUACCUGAACGGGGACCGCGGAGCCACUUUUCUCCAUUUCGGCAACUACAGGAACUCCUGUAUCAGUGACCCCACUCUGUGUGGACCACAAGGGAUCACAUUCUCCUUCUUCUGGAAGAACCAGGAGUCACAUUCCCGCUUUGCCGUCAUGUCAGGAGGGAAAAUCAUCUCCAACGGCUUCUCUGUCUACACGAACCCCUUCGGAGGAUACGUGGAGUUUUACACAAGACGAAACUCACAACGCUGGAAAGCAAACAUCAACCUGCCAGGACCUUUUUGGACGCACAUCCUGUUCACGUGGACCCUUAAAGACGGCCUGAAAAUCUACAUUAACGGCACAUUCAGCGUCAGCGACACGAAAGGGAACACGUCGCAUAAUUACGGCGACACCCACGCCGACUUGGUGAUCGGAACAGGGACCAGCCAGUCGUACGGACACUACGUCACCGCGUCCUUCGACGAGUUUGUCAUUUGGGAACGAGCCCUUUCAGCACAAGAGAUCUGGCUCUACUAUAAAGCAGCCAUAGGUGAGGACGUUGUCUAUCCUCCAACUACGGAAUCUCCUUCUCCCGCUCACACCGCACCAGACGUCCGUCCGCAGGCAACAACAGCAUCACCGCUCCCCACUGCCUCUAACUUCACAGAGAUUCAUGAUGCAGUGUCCAUGUCGCUGCAAGGUUUCCUUCAGUCUUCCUUCAUUCUGCCCAAUAAAACUAUUUCUAAGGAUACAGCUCACAAUUUGACACAGUCAUUGCUGAAGAGUGUCGACGAAGUGAUAUCCUCCAGUACCUGGCGAGAAGAUGAGGAGGUACGCAGAAAUGCAUGUGCUACGUCAUUACGCUACCAAUCCACUCCUGUAAUCAGUGGACUCAUAGACACAGUGGACAAAGUCAUGGGGCACAUGGUGUCCAACCUUCAGGCUAAACCGAAUGCUCUUGUUGCUAUAGGUGGGAAGAGCUAUGUUGCAGAUUACUCUCUGAUGAAAAUCCCACAAAAUUAUAAUAUGCAGAACUACAGAUUCCCAACACAAGGCAAGAACUACAUCUCAGUGCCAGGAGAGGCCUUCGCUUCAGAAUCCCAGACUACAAUCGUGGGCCUUUUCUACCACAGCAUGCACAGCUAUUACAAACAGAUCAGCCCUAUGAGAACCAGGAUCAACGAGGCGGUAGAAUUUAAGGAGCAUAAGAUCCAGGUGGCCAGCUAUCUGAUCUCCCUGAAGGUGGAGCCGUCUCCUGCCCUGUCGGUCAACCUGUCAUCAGAGCCACUGAUCAGAAUCAUGCUGACACACCAACUGAGCAAGGAGCAGCAACUUCAGGCCGUGAACGACAGCAACAAAGUCUUCCUGUACUGCGCCUUUCUGGAUUACAGCUCUAAGGAAGGCGUAUGGUCCAACAACGGCUGUGUGAGAGCUGGAGGUAACCUUUCCUACUCUGUCUGCGUGUGCAACCACCUGACCAACUUUGCCAUCCUCAUGCAGGUGGUUCCUGUGGAGCUCAGCAAGAGUCAUCAGGUGGCGCUCUCCACCAUCACCUAUGUGGGCUGCUCCAUCUCCAUCUUCUGUCUGGCCAUCACACUGGUCACCUUCGCCGUGCUGUCAUCUGUGAGCACCAUCCGAAACCAGCGCUAUCACAUCCACGCUAACUUGUCCUUUGCCAUCCUGGUGGCCCAGAUCCUUCUGCUCAUCAGCUUUCGCUUUGAACCCGGGACCUUGCCUUGUAAGGUCAUGGCAGUGCUGCUUCACUUCUUCUUCCUGUGCGCAUUCGCCUGGAUGCUGGUGGAGGGGCUUCAUCUCUACAGCAUGGUGAUCAAAGUGUUCGGCUCCGAGGGCAGCAAACACUUCUACUACUACGGCAUAGGCUGGGGGUCCCCAGUGGUCAUAUGCCUCGUGUCUAUUACGUCCUCGCUGAGCAGUUACGGAGAAGACGGAAACUGCUGGCUCUCUCUGAAGAACGGCGCUAUAUGGGCUUUCGUAGCUCCUGCUCUGUUCGUCAUUAUGGUGAACAUCGGGAUCCUUAUCGCCGUGACGAGGAUCAUCUCCAGAAUCAGUGCAGAGAACUACAAAGUACAAGGAGAUGCUAACUCUGUUAAGCUAACUGCUAAAGCAGUAGCAGUCCUGUUGCCUAUCCUGGGCAUCUCAUGGAUCUUUGGCGUUUUGGCUGUGAACAAUCAGUCCUUCCUCUUCCAGUACAUGUUUGCAGUAUUCAACUCCCUUCAGGGCUUCUUCAUCUUCCUCUUCCACUGUCUGCUAAACUCAGAGGUCCGAGCUGCUUUCAAGCACAAGACCAAAGUGUGGUCUCUGACCAGCAGCUCCAUCCGCAACAUCAACGUGAAGCCUUUCAAUUCAGACAUUAUGAACGGUAACAGAGGGGGCGUGACCCCGACAAGGAUGAACACGUGGGACAAAAGCACCAACUCAGCUAAUCGCAUCGACCUGUCGGCGCUCUAAGGAUCGACGGACCAUGGCUACUGAACACAAAACGUAUACAAACGGACAGCGAACGCCGUACUCUCUCAUACACGCCGGCCGAUUCGGCCGUCGUUCCUUUUCAUGACGACUCCGCGGUCUAACGACGCGGCUUCUUACGCGCCCGGGUGAAAAAAGCGGAUCGUUCCCACCGUCGCCGGCUCUUACCCACCGACACCACUCACUACACGAAGACAAGCAAGUGUUCAGAGCCAUAAAAACAGAUGAAAACACAAGUCCUGUGUUGGAUCACUCUUCUCUGUACCAUGUUCAACUAUAACACAACUGUAACUCUGGUAGCUGCUGGAUUCCGCUGCUGUCUGUGAAUCGACACUAAACUGUGACACAAGAUGCGGCUCGCUCGAGACGAGUUUUUCCAUCUGCUGCCGCUACACCGGACCCCGCUGUUCCCGCUCGCGGCACUAGUCCGUAUAGAUGGAAUGAAAAUCGAGCCCGGGUCACAUACGAACCAUGUGGUACUUUGCGUUCCAAAGGCACGCGAGCGCUCGAGUUCUCACGGCUGCAGCAAGAGACAUUCCUGAAAGAGGAAUCAAAACGUAGCGUCCCGUCGCCGCGUGGCCUUUAGCUAACGGCGUCGGGUUUCCUCACAGAUAUCGUGCUGUGUGUCGUUUUCUUCUCACACGUACCAUUUGCAAACUGUAAAAUAUUCGUCUUGACGUCGCUUUCAGAAAUAUCUACCGUUAGACAAGACGGUCUCGGGUAAAGAAACGUCCCCGUAUCAGCCAAAGUGCUACUAAUUACUAAACUGUACGAUCUCUAACCGAUUGUCUAAACUCUUAAGAUGUUAAAACAGUUUCAUAAAGCAGAAUAUUUCUACCUUUCAUCUACGCAGAAGAUGAACAUCGGGCCAAACGUAGCUCGUAUAUUAGAUGAUAAAAUGUAGGUCAGGCUUCCUCGUUUCCUUUAAACUAUAAUAACGUACUCGUCGUCUUUGUAGCGUAAAUAUUGAAGGUAUAAAAUACUGUAUAAUGAUCGUGACCUUACACUUUGUGUUCUCACUCCAGAUGAAAUUUUGCCUUUUUUUUUAAAUACAUAAUCUAAAUCCUACGUACCUGUGAAGCAGUUUGAAGCUCUGUUCUCCUAAAUCCUCGGUUUCUAUUGUAAACGCUUCCGUAUCGUCGUUCCGUGACGACCGAUCAGUGACAACGGACUAACGAUCUCUCCGCUAUCUUCCACUGAGAUUCUUUUCCAUUGUUUUUUUUCUAUUUCCUUCUCAAAGUAAUUUAAAAAAAAAAAAAAAAAAAGCCAUGUCUCGAGUAAAAUUGUUGGACUUUUUUUUUUUUUUUUUUUUUCAGCGAGACAGCCGACGAAUAUAUAAUGCUGAUGCCGAAGCGACGUACGGUGCAUUAAGAUGAACUUGUGUCGAUUUUCUGUUAAUAAUGUGAGACUCUGUAUCCUGUGAAGUGUCGUGUUCCUUACCGCCAGUCUGAACGUCGCUAGUAAUGUAAAGCAGUGUCACUUUCAGGUUCAUGUGGCCUACUCCAUGACAAAGAAGGUGAGACUUAACUCUUUAUUUAUGCAAGCGUAAAAAUAAAACUACAUAUUCCUGUACUACGAUGUCACGGUCUGUCGGUCGUGUGAAAGAAUCUGGUAUCGUGUGUGUUUCUCAGAUCCUUUACGUGUCACGGGAAUCAUCCCUGUCAGAGGACUCGACCGACUCAGUACAUAGAAAGUCACAUAAAACUCUCCGGUCUGUUAUAAACGACUCUCAAUCGAAUGACGACAAAUGCAUUUGUGUUGGAGAACAAUAAAGAGUAGGACAUUGACUUUAA